AUGAAAAGCAAGCAGAGUCCGGUGGAAGAGUUGCUACGCCAAGCCGAUGAGCUGAUGGAGAGUCAAAAGCCCCGGGCUGAAGUCUACGCCGCAAUGGCUCACAGUCUCGGUCUGGCCUGGUCUGACCUCAAUGCCUUGCUCCUUCUUCGAAAGCAGAUCUUGGAGCUCAACGUCGCCUUCCACUGGUACGCCAACGUUGCUCUUCACAAGCGCGAGAGUGUAUGCACAUACACAGGCAUGCCUUCACGGCUUGCACUCACUCGAGCAGAGCAAUUCAAUGACCUGCUGGAGAAAGCCGAACGGGAUUUCGUAAGCGCGCCUCUGCCCAGCGAUGUCGAGAUGGCCAGAAUCAUGACCUCUCAGCACCAGGAGCUGAAAAAGCGCAUGCUGGAAGGCCUCAUGUAUUCACUGCAAGACGGUCAAAUGCUCUUGGAGAAUUUGAGGAAUUUGGAAAGUCAGGGAACGGUGGACUCUCGACCCGAUCAUAUCCGUCUCAACGUCCGAUUCGCCUGCAACCAAGUGCAGAGAUGGUUGGAAGAACUGCACGAUCGAAGACGCCGCCUGGACGAGCUCUGGCUUCGCCGCAAGUUUCGGCUGGAACAGAGCCUCUCUUUAUUACUCUUCUACGAGGAAUUGAAAGCAUUAGAAUCGUGGAUCCGGAGCGAGGGUGCGAAACUACUCGAAGAACAAGAUCUUGGCAACUCCGUUUCGGCCUCGGAAAUCCUGCUCCAUAAGCACGGACUUCUCGAGAAGGACCUCAAGAACCAUCAAGACAAAUGCGUUCGGUUGGUCCGGAGCGCAGAACGAUUGCUGCAAAAUAACACAGCGGGUGCUGAAGAAGCUAGCCAUAGAGCGUAUUCGACGUUGGAUUGGAUAGCUUCAUUAGGUAACGCCAUGGACAAGAGAAGAGAUCUUCUCGACAAGGCACUGGAAUUCUUCUCGAAAACGGAUUCCGUUUUGACGAGAUUGACUCAGUUGGAGGCCCAGGUGGAAGGGGGAGACCCGAUCCACCUGGAAGAACUCAAUCAACGCAUUUCGGAGACAACGGAGGGUCUUGUAAGCCAAGUCGUCUCACAGGGCCGCGAACUCAUCACGGAGGCACAGCAUACUGGCACCGAGGGGAUCUCGCAACGGAUUCGGGAGAUCGAAGAGAUGAGAGAUCGCAUUCAGAACCGUUUCAAAACGCGGCAGGAGAAGUCCAAGGCCCUCGUCCUAUCGAAAACUUUGACCACGUUCACCGAGACUUUCUCAAAGCUGGAGAUUUGGCUGACGGAGAACGGCGAGAACUUCUUCCGGGGACACAGAGACAUGGGCAGCGUGUUGGCCAUGGCCCGAGAUUUCCUCAACACCCAUCAUCGGCACCAAACCUUAUUAUCCACGAAGUUGUCCGAGAUCGAGGCUGCGAUGCAGCACUUCGAGAAACUUAAGGCAGAAUCCCAAGAAAGUCCAAAUUUCCCAGAUGUUCAACGGCGAGUGAAGGCAUUCAAAGACUCCCUGGCUUCCACUCGGGACACCUUCGAUCGACGUUGCUCCUUGGCCACCACCUACGUCAAAUUCCAUACCUUGGCAGUACAGUUGGCUAACGAAAUGGACUCGGUAGAAAAGUUGCUGCGGGAAGAAUGUUGGGAUGAGAAGCACAUGGCGAGCAUCGAGGAAUCUCGGCUUUCCCUUCGUCAAAACUCUCUCCAACUGGCCAAUACAGGACGAAAUUUCUUACUCGAUGCUCAAGAGCCUCCGGACCAGUACUUGGACUUGGAACGGGGUCGUCUGUGCGUAGAGACUCUGCUGGAGCACUUCUCUCAAAGGAACGAGUCUCUCCAGGACGCCAUUCAGGCUCACCAGGAUGCCUACUUGAAAAAUCAGAGGGCUCGAUUCGGAUUCCAGCAGAUCAGACAAGAAUCGCAAAUGGUGAACAGAGGAAUCCGAGUGAUGGAGAGAGCCGAGAAGGUGAUGGCAGACGCGUAUCCCCUGUUUAGAGAAGACAUCCUGGAUAUCGACCGAGUCAUCAUCAGCCUCACCGAAAAGACUCGUCGAGUGACGACGGAAAUCGGGCUCAUCAAUGCUGACAUCGACCGCAUCCUUCAGACUUCCAAGUCCUCCGAUAUGAAGGGUUUUUAUUUCUCAGAUUUCCUUCCUGGAUCUCCGUUGUGGGUUCCUGCAUUGACGUGGGUCUUUGUAUGGAUAGGGAGCAGUCAAGAAGAGUUGGAGAAUCUUCGAAGUCGAUUGGGAGAUGCGAAACAGAACCUUCAGAGCCUUGCAAGCCGGCACGAAACUCUCGUCACCAUCACAACGUCUCUCCUUAAGAAUGUCUCAGAGUUGGACAAAAUCCGCGAGAAGCUAAAGGCAUUGAGAGAGAAACCUCUGCCGAGUUCGGCAGAUGAUACGGAGUAUAUGAUUAGGGAACACGAAGUCCUUUCCCAGACAUCUCGAGAGAUUUACCAUUUCACGAAGAGCGAGGCGGAUAACGUUUCCUCUCGUCUCAAGCACCAAGAGCCGACCCCGAAUGGUGACGAAGAUUCCCACAGGAUCCAAGACGUCAUGGCAAAACGAAAGCAGGACUUGGAUUCUCUCUGUCUCGAGCAGAGUGAAAUUUUACGACGGCACCUGGACCGCUGUCGGUUUCAGGCCGAUUUCAAGCACAUCAGCUCCCAGUUAGUGGAGCUGAGCAAUCAACUCCAGAAUCUCAGGGGCCAAUAUGGGGAUUCCUCAUCCACAGCCAAGUCUACAUCCUCUUCUUUCCGCAUCUUUGAGAGCACCAUCGACCGUCUGGAGGAGAGAGUCUCUCACUUCGUGAGCACGGCCCAGAAACUGAUAUCUGAUCAGCCGGAGACAUCGAAAUACGUGGAAGUCCAAUUAUCGGAUCUGCAGACGAAAUGGUCCACUCUUCAUAUGCAUGUCGGUGAAACGCGACACCUCAUCGACCUCUCUAUUGAAUACUUCACUCUUAUUGAUGAGGCGGAGGACUGGUUCAAAGAAGGGAGUAAAGUGCUGAUCUCGAUUGCCAAAAAGUCAGCAACCAUAACAACUCCCGAGGAAGCGACGAGACUGUUGAACGAAAUGGAAUCCUUCUUGAAACCCGGUGAAGCGAAGCAGGAGGAAAGGAUCAGGAAGAUCUCCACCCUGGCCAUACAGCUCUACGGUGCAUCAGAGCCAUCCCAAGUGAAAUCCGUCAGCAAACAGAACGUGGACAUGAUGGAUUCCUUUGGAGUCAUCAACAAGAACCUCAGUCAGCUGAAGUUGAACAUGCUUACCGCUAAGGAAGAGCGAGAGAAGAUGAAACAGGACCAGGCAAAAGUGGAAGCAUCUCUGGAAGCAGCAAAGGCGGAGGCAGCAGCUGCCACAGCUGCCUUGGCAGCUGCCGAAGAAGCAAGGAAGGCGGCUGAAGCAGCUGCCAAAGCCCUCAAUCAGCCUCCACCUCUUUUCCCUCCUUUACAGAGGGACAUUGUAGAGAUGUCAGAAUCUAUAGAGAUCCUGAAGACGAAGACAGAGGUAGAAGAAGUGGAAGAAGAGCUCCGCCCAGCCAAAAUGGCCAAACUGUACGACCCACCCUUGUUUACACUUCCCCUCCAUGACGCAGAAGUCGAUGAAGGCUCUACGUUUUCCUUUGAGUGUCGCGUGGUGGGAGACCCGACCCCCGAGGUGACUUGGUACAAAGACGGCAUGAUGAUCCAGAACAAUCCCGACUAUCAGAUGUCUUUUAAGGCAGGGAUCUGCACGUUAACCAUCGAAGAGACUUUCACAGAGGACUCGGCUCGAUUCUCUUGCAAAGCGGUCAAUGUCGCGGGAGAAUCGGAAACCAGCGGCAGACUUCAUGUUCGAGAAACUCGGAGCAUGGAAACCCUGGUGCCUCCCAUGUUCACUCAAGUCCUCCAGCCUGCCAUUGUGAAGGAAGGCGAGUCCUUCCAGUUUGAAUGCCGAGUCGCCGGGAACCCAUUGCCAGUCGUUCAAUGGUUCAAAAAUGACCAGUGCAUCGACGCAUCUCCCAAUUAUGUCAUCACUUACAACAACGGGAUAUGCGUGCUUCGUUUUGAAGAAGUUCUUCUGGAAGACCAGGCCGAGUAUGUUUGCCGAGCCACUAACUCUUCGGGUUCUGAAGAAUGUCGUGCCGCACUCUCAGUUCAAGCUUUGGAACCAGUGGAAACACCAUCCUUCCCGACCCCGCUGUCGAAUGUGAUGGCCAGAGCCGGUCAGAAGCUGAGACUGGAAUGCUGUGUCAAGGGAAUUCCCACUCCGGAGAUCUCUUGGCUUCACAACAAUCGACCCAUCAAAGAGAAUCGCGAGACGAAGAUGGAGUACGACGGGAGGAGAGCUACACUCACGAUCGUCGAAGCCUUCCCGAAAGAUGCCGGCUCUUACGUUAUUUUUGCCAAAAACAAGGCUGGCGAGGCAACCAGUUCGUGCAAUGUCUCUGUCAAAGUGAGUACGGACCCAUAA